AUGUACGGAUUUUGCGAUCUUUUAAUUUUAAGCUGUUUAUUUGUCAGUGGCUUCAAUUACGGUUAUUAUUGUAAAUAUGUGGAUAUUUAUGAUAAUCUGUGGAAUCAUUGGUACGCUAUAUGCGGCUGUUCAACAUUAUUAAUUGUGGCUACUGGCUGGUGCCUGCGUCAUUAUAAGAAACGUCAAUUCCUUUAUGAAAAUUUUUAUAUAAUAUUCUACGGCUUAAUAACUAACGUGAUAUGCUCUUGUUUCAUGCUGAAUAAUGAUAUGGAUACGGCUUUCUAUUUCGGUUUUACAGCUAUGGCUGCAAUAUAUUUACCAUGUUUUAGUUACAUUUACUUGCGUUGCGAUCCGCAAGGUUUAAGACCGUUCAGCUUGGCUUUGGGUAAUACCUCCUAUUAUUUUGGCUUGACAUUGGGCUUUGCUUUAUAUAAUGAAUUCGAAGCCAAAUUAUGCGGUUGGAUGCUUUUAGCUCUUAACGCUUUAAUGAUUCUAUUGCUGAUAAUCAAUGAGUGUUUACAUUAUCAUAAUUAUCAGAAUUAUAAGAUAUCCUGCGAUUUAGUUUAUAAUCUAUUAAAUGACGAAAAGCUUUUAUAUAUCAGCAAUAGAUCAGUGAAAGCUUUAUUUAUCGGCCGCGACGAUUAUGUAUUCAAGCGUAAUACUCAAUAUCUGGUAGUUGCUAUAGCGUUCAUUAUAUUGUUGGAAAAAUCAUCAUUGCAUUCGUAUACAUAUUUCCAGUUAACCUGGUCGUCAACAUAUGCUUACUUGCAUUCACAAUAUUGGUGUUUACCGUUUUUAUGUUACACGACAGGAUGCUUGAUAGGUGCUGCUCUUAUGUUACGUUAUAAGCCAAAAUUGAUUUACCUUCAAUUUGCCAUUAUCAAAAUCACGCUCACAUCGGCCGUACUUUUAGUUUAUAAUGAUUAUUUACUGGAGAAAUGUUUCCUCUUCCUAUGCCUAUAUUACUUAAGUAUGGGAGUUUACUCUAGUGUAGGCCUACAAAUGCUAAUAGAAUCUUGUCCAUUUCUUUACACCGAAUUGGCCUUAGCUAUUUCAUAUUCAUUGGAAAUCGGAGCAACGGAAGCUUUCAAAUAUGAAACAAGACUUGAAGACAUUUAUACGAUUUUAUUAAGUAUAGGUUUGUCGACAAUUUGUUUAACCUUAAUUUGUGCUAUACUGGUGUUAGUAUUUUUACCUAACUCUAAAGGUUUAAUUGAAAUGCGCAAUAAUUUAUUGGGCAUUUAUCGACAACCGGUUAAGAGCUAUACAAAUAAAUUGCAUAGCAAUAAUUAUUUUUUACAAUUAGAGGCACCAGUCACUUCCGAAGUGAUCAUAGAUAAUAAUCGCGUUUUUCAUCAAUAUCCUCCGAAUGAACGGGACAAACAAAUUAUGAAAUAUUAAUAAAGUUUUUUCUCUUUCGGUCGUUUUUUUCUUUUUUGAUUUUUUUUU